CCACAGCCUGUGUGCAUCGGCAGCUCCCACACCGACACACUCAAUCUUAUAUACGCUUGCAGUUGCUAAACAAGAAGAAGAAGAAGAAGAAGAAGAUGGUCGUAGGAAAGUUCAGGCGCUCAGAAACCUUUCCGGCCCCGAAGCCUGCAGGGGGCCGCGCCGCCGCCGCCAAGAGCUCCUUCCGCACCCGAUGCAUCAGUCUCCCCUCCCGCUCCCACCCCAUCGCCACCCACCUCGCCGACGACCUCCAUGCCAUCCGGUCGUGGCCCCCUGCCCCAUCUUCCUCCUCGGCUGCUGUCCACUGGCUCUCCGACGGCCUCGCCCGACUUCACCUCCUCCUUGCGGGGCUCUCCGACGUCCUCCAGCUUCCCCAGGCCCACGACCCCCUCCGAUGCCGCCACCGCCGCCGCUCCCCCGCCCUAGCCGACCGCUUUCUCGACGACUUCCUCCGCCUCGCCGACGCGCACGGCUCCUUCCGUGCCGCUGCCAUCGCCCUCAAGCAGCACCUCGCGGCCGCCCAGGUCGCGAUCCGCCGCCGCGACGUGCAGCGCCUCCCGCCCUGCCUUCGCGCCCUGCGCCGCGCGGGAAAGGAGCUGGCCGAUCUCGCGGCGGCCGUCCGCGAGAUCAGGAGGAGGCCGCCGACCGCUUCUGCCGCAGGGGCAGUGACGGACGCCGAGGAGGUGGAGAUCGCCAGGGUGAUGUGGGAGGUCGCCGUCGCGGCUGCAGAUGCCUCGAGGGUGGUGUUCCUCGGUGUGGCGCAGAUGUCCAUGGCCGCGGCGUCGGCGGCGGAGGCAGUGACGCGUCGGUCCGCGUGGGCCGCCGCGGUGCUGAGGUGGAGGGAGAGAGCAAGGUCGAAGUCGUCGAACAAGAAGGUUUUGCGGGAGGAGGUGAUGACAGAAGAGGAGGAGCGGGAAUGGCGGAGGACGGCGUUGGAGAGGCUGGGGUCGGCGGAGGACGGCAUGGCGUCUUUGGAGAGCGGAUGCGAGCUGGUCUUCAAGUCGCUGGUCAACCUCAGAGUCACGCUCCUCAACGUUAUCACUCCCGCCACCUAAAUAUGUCUUUCGAAUAACAAGAAAUUAAAAGAAAAAUCGAAAUAUUGGCAAACUGGAACGCAUAUCAAAAUAUUACUGUCAUUAUUAUUUUGUAAAUAAAGAAAAAUCAUAUCAGUGGGCUGA